AUGGAAGCACUGGAAAAGAUGGGGGAUGACACGCCGUAUCACUGUCCGGCCUGUCCACCAGGAGGUGUCAAUAGUGUCGAUGGCUUCGUGAAACAAGAAGACGAAGAGGCGAGGCUGAAGCAGAAUGAAUGUGCGGCUGCAGAUUGUCGAAUCCAGGAAGCGUAUUUGAUUGAGAGACUGGUGGGACGCAAGCCGUGUGCAGAGCAGCCCGGGCAGUUUGCCUGGUUGGUCAAAUGGGAUGGGUAUGGAAUUGAACAGUGCACGUGGAAGCCUACGUGGACGUUUGAUUCUGCGUCGUUGAUUCGCGAGUUUCAUGCGAGCGCGGUGAAAGAGGGGAUUGGGAUGGACGUGUUGCUCGAGCCUGUGACCAAGGGUGACCAGAGCAGCGGGGUGAUUCUGCUCCAGGAAGCAUUGGAAUUUGCCGGAGUGCAAGGAGCGACGAAAUGGAACGAUGAUUUUGCUCGGGUAAAGCCAUGCGCUGUAUCUCUCUCCCGCGGCUUGUCCGGCACGUCAACGGUGUCUGAUGAACUGCCAACGCAGGGGCCAGAACGAGAUAGAGAAUGGACGAGGCCAGCAGCAGAUAGCGCAGCCGAACAAGAGAUAAGACGCAGCACGGCCGAUGACGACGAUAUUCAGGACUGUUAUCAGCCCGGAUAUUCCUUGGAACUGACAAGAGUAGUGCGAGUGCUGGCCCGCGGACACUUCAACGUGGAAUUUGAAAAUUGUUUGAUGAAUGAAUGGACUGGGCGUGGAUUGAAGGGGAGCGCGAUAAACCUCAGGGGGCAAGGCCAUUCUUUGACUGAGCAACAGAAGCAUAUAAAAACCCUCGUUCACUCGUCUUCUUUUUCUCCCACUCCGAGCGUCGCCUUGGAAUUGUCGUAUACUGACGCUCCUGCAGCCAACGAUACGGUGUAUACCGCUGACGAUGGAACCAAGUUUGUCUACAAUGCGGGUGACAUUGCCUGGACGCUCGCCUCCACCGCGCUCGUCUGGCUCAUGAUUCCCGGCGUUGGAUAUCUCUACUCGGGUCUCUUGCGUCGCAAGAAUGCACUCAACCAGCUCUGGCUCGCCAUGGUCACCAUCGCCGUCGUAUCCUUCCAGGGGGCAAAUUCAUUGGAGAUCUCCAACACGCCGCCCUCCUCGGCGUCCUCGAGAAACCCAGCAUGGGCUCAACCCGCAUCCCCUCCAUCGUAUUCUGCGUCUACCAACUCAUGUUCGCCGCCAUCACCCCCAUGA